ACUGAUAAGUUUGAGUGUAUCCCUGUUGGAUGUAGAACACGCCUCCUUACAAAAUUAAAUCGAAGUUCAUUUGAUUUACCGAAUAAACGAAAAUGAUGUUAUGUCACAUUCGAUUCCGCAUAUUUUUGGAGAAAUGUUAUUGUAUUCUUUGAGCGCGUAUUUAAAACAUUUAUGUUGUAAACCAUAGUGACUUCGAGGUGCGAAUGGAUAGAAUUUGAUUGGAACAACAACAAUGUUUGAAUAAAAUAUCCAAUUCUUUUUGUGUUUGGGAAUGUCUUCGCCGGCUGAUACUCCACCACCGGUGAUAAUUAUCGACGCAAUUGACGACGAAACACCGACGGAUAAUGACAAAGCUGGCAGCGAUCCAGUCACUAGUGCUCAAAAUUUAACUGAGACAAAACGCCAGUCAGUGGACCCUGUACCGAAUAAUAUUGCUAUAGAACAUUUAAAAAUCCCCCCACCGGAAAAAGUGUUAAGGGAAUCUACAAAAACCGGGAUAAAUGAAUCAAAAUCUACAAUAGUGUUUCUUUCGCCAACUGAAGCAAUAAAGACUAACAUAUCAACUGAACAGUUAGUAAAAGACAACACAAAUAAACAAUCCGACAGUCCAAGCCCGUCGAACUCAAGAAAAAGACAUACGAGCAAAGAUGAAGAAUUGAAGCAUUUAACGGAAGAGGAUUUGAUUCUUGCUGAAACUCUGAUCAAAGAUGCAGAAAGUGGAAGAAAUUUUACCUAUAAAACCGAUCCAGCACACGUUAGAUCUUAUAUAAUAUAUCACAAGUGGUAUUUACGAUGGGGAUUGUAUUCUUGUAUACUUUUAAAUCUUUCGUUGGCACUGUUCGAAAAGCCGACCAGACAAGGAUGGGAAUUGCCAUAUUGGGGGACGAUGCUUAUAGAGGUGUUCUGUUUGACUUUAUUCAUUGCGAGGGUUAUCCAUUGUGCUUACUUCAGUCGUUCAAGUAUUUUCUGGAGAGACACCAAAAAUAUCAUGGUUAUAGGCAUAAUAACACUGACUAUAAUAGACAUGAUCUGCUACGUGAUAUGGGUCAACGAAGCACCAGAUUCCAAUCCUGUCAGAUGGUCCAGACCAUUGAGGUCACUGCUCAUCAUAAAUUUCUCUGAUGGUCGCCAGAUACGUAGAGCUUUCAGAAACAUCAGACGUACUGUCCCUGAGAUUUUAAACGUUCUUAUUUUGUUUAUGAUGAGCGUUUUCUUGUUUGCUCUUCUUGCUUUAAAACUCUUUGGCAGAAGGCAAAGUCUAACUUACCCCAAUGGUGACGCAUACUUCAAGAAUUAUUUUGACAGUAUUUGGGAUCUUUAUGUACUUGUGACAACAGCAAACAAUCCUGACGUAAUGAUGCCAGCUUAUGAUGAAAGUAACUGGUUUGCUCUUUACUUUGGAGUUUACCUGAUCAUCUGUCUCUACGUGUUCAUGAGUAUUGUACUCGCUGCUAUCUAUAAUAACUAUAGAAACAACUUGAAGAAUGAAAUACGCGAGGCAGUAUUUGGCAAGAGGAGAAAAUUACGCCAAGCAUUCAAGAUCCUAAACGUCACACGGAAUGGAGAGGAAAUCAUUACCAAGACAGUUUGGACUACAAUAAUGAAGCGAGUCUUACCAAACAAAAGUAUAGAGAGGAUAGAGUUGCUAAUGGUGAUACUGGACAAGGACGGGACCGGACAUAUCAGUAAAAGAGACUUUCUCAAUCUUAUCAACCUGUUACAAGUGCCAGUGACGGAGGUGCAGGAAAGACAAACAUUUCUUGAGAAGAAAAUUCCAAACAUCUACAACAGCAAAGCAAGCUAUAUCGUUAAAGUCUGUGUCAGACAUAAAUUCUUUCGGAUUUUCUUCGACUUCAUGAUAUUUCUCAACGCUUGGUUUAUCGGUUUUGAUAUUGAUGAAUCUGACUGGUUUUUCCUCUCCGUCUUCAUGUUUGAAAUAGUGAUGAAAAUGUACGUUUUUGGACCGAAAGAGUUCUUCCGACGUGUUUGGAAUGCAUUUGAUUUUGUAGUCAUUUUUGGCGCAGUAAUAGCUACCGCCGUUGAAUCUGGAUCAGGAGAAGGAGGCGAGGAGCUAAGUACGCUGGAUCUCCUCUUGGUACUCCGAGUCAUGCGUUUAAUCAAGAUUUUUGUUAGCAUCAAAAGAUUUAAAGUCAUCUUGAUGACUAUAAUGAAUAUUGGGCCAUCUAUGGCAACUUAUGGCGGAGUGCUAUUUGUGCUGUAUUACAUGUUCGCCAUAGUAGGUAUGGAAAUAUUCCAUGACUUGAUAACUUAUCAUGGUUACCACGAGACCAAAGCGAGCGAUAUGUUCUGCGGCAACCCCAAGUUAAACAACACGGCGUUCUACCGCAAUCACUACUGUAAUAACAACUUCAACGAUAUACUCAAAGCAUUUGUAAUACUGUUUGAACUUACUGUCGUCAACCAGUGGCAUGUGCUGUCGUCUGGAUUUGUGUUUGUCACAAAUAAAGCUUCAAGACUGUAUUUCUUCAUAUUUCACAUGACAUGUGUCAUCAUCGUUCUCAAUAUUUUCGUAGCAUUUAUCCUUGAAGCAUUUAUCCUGGAGUAUUCACUACAAAAGACUGGAAGAUUCGAAUCGGCAGUUGAGUCUAAAAUAAAGGAAUUGGGACUGGGUAUAGGGCAGUCCAACAAAAAGCGGAAAGGUCCACCAGAUAUUGACCAGAUAGAGUUGGUAACAAACGAGCAAGAAAUGGACCGCACUCCACCUGCUACACUUGGUCAAAAUGACAUAAUAGAAGAUUCGGAUAGCGACACGGAUAGUAUACCUGAUGUCAGCAAUGAGAGAGGACUCCGAUUCCAUCUAAAGAAAAAGAGUCGAAAGAAGGUGGAAGUGUUGCUUCAGCAAAUGUUUGAAGGGGAGAUAAAUCCAGAUGAUGAUGAAAACGAACAAGAACUAUUUUACAGGAAAAGGGCUCUAACUCUUGAUGCAGUCACGUAAUACAUAAAGAGAGAAUAGUUCUUUUAAUAUGAACUGUUGUUUCAUCCUUUUAUGAUUAUUAUGGCUAAAAUUUAUAUAUAACUAUUGAUCUUUUCAAACAUUUACAAAUCAUAAAUGCUUGAAACCGAUCAUGGCGCAUUUAUGCAUAACAUGUAACGCCGCCGUCAAAAUAAAUUUUAUCAUUUUAUCGGUUUCUCGACAAUGAUAAUGUAAAAGGACAAUAUUUUUAUUUAUCAAGUUCACUUCUUUUAAUUCAGUGUGUAGGCUGACAUGUGCAAUAUAAUAAAGUGCAAUAGCGUACUU